AUGUCCGGUGCAGGUGACCUCAUCAAAGCGUUUUGCCUUGACCUUUUCGACUUUGCAGAUUUAAUGCUCCCUGGCCUUGUUCUAGAUAAACCAUUGACUCCGUCCAGUUUUGAUGGAAUAAACAAGGGUGCACUAUGUGCAAUUUCCACGUCCUCUAACAGGGCUCCAGUGGCGGUUGGACACACGACAAUGUCCGCUUACGACAUGUUCAUGAGCGCAGGUCGUGGAAAGGUUGUGAGUAUAUUUCAUGUUUUAGGGGAUCACAUUUGUUCACUAGGCUCACCCUUGUCCCGUCCGAUAUUGAAUUCCAUUGUAAAAACACCCACCCAAGAUGAUACUUCACCAGUUGAAACCGAUUUGGACCCACAGUUGCAUGCGACAGGUCUUUCAACAGAGUUCAUAGAAGCGUCAAACACUAAGCACCCGGAUAAUAAAGAAGCCCUAUCCUCGUACGAGGAUAGUGGCAUCGAUUUGCUCCCAGGUGACAGGCUGUCUGACCUACAGUAUGCAAACGGCAUUGCGCUGCUAAGUGAAAAUCCAGGCUACGAUGUUCUGUUGCGCAAUUUUCUCCUGCUCGGUAUUAAGACGGUCCAGGACAACCAACUACCAAUGCCGGUGAAUGUUUUCUAUGCGAACCAUGUAUUGUCUCAAAAGUAUGUCAGAUCUCCUCAUCACGUUUUUGAGACGAUCUCUUUCUUCAUCAUACUUUUUUUUAUACAAACACUGAGUCGAACACAGUAUCAUUCGAAUCAUGGGUGCUAUCGCUAUUAG